CCGGCGUCCGCGCGGAAAAAGAGUUGGCGGGUUCGCCGCGCCAGCUUCAUCCUUGGGCGGAGGCCGAAAGGAUGUUCCCGUAUCCGGAGGAGGAGGUGAACCGGACCCUGUUUGUGGGGAAUUUAGAGGCCCGAGUUCGGGAAGAGAUUCUUUAUGAGUUGUUUCUUCAGGCUGGGCCAUUAACCAAAGUGACUCUAUGCAAAAGCCGAAAAGGCAAGCCAAAGUCUUUUGGAUUUGUCUGCUUUAAGCACCGAGAAUCAGUGUCUUAUGCCAUAGCUUUGCUGAAUGGAAUCCGUUUGUAUGGAAAGCCAAUAAGUGUGCAAUAUCGAUUUGGGAAAUAUCACACUUUUGAGCCAACUAAUCUAUGUUUUGAGAACGGUGUUAAGAUAAAUUCACAUAGCUACAGAAAUGGAGAAGCUGUGGGCAGAUCUUCAGUACCCAUGCCAUUCUUUCCAGUUAGCAAUGUUGCUUUACCUCAAGAAUAUUUUAUUUCUCCCAGUAUGCAGUGGAAUAAUCCAGUGCUUCAGCUUCAUUGCUAUGAGACAACCACCAUACCACUUCCCAAUAACACUUCCAUGUCUUCUUCAGGGCACGGAGGUCCAGAUCCAGAGGCUGGACCCAGUUUACAUGGGUGGACUCACCCACAGUCAAGUGACUCUGACCUGUAUCAGAGGACUAAACGAAAGAGGCAGGCCAGUGAAAGUGAUGGUAGCACAGAAAACAAGAGAGGGAAUGAAAAUAUCCAAAAGUUUAAAAAGUAUCAGAAGAAUAAAAGGUACUAGUGUGAAAUUCAAAUGAGAAAUUGUCACUGAGCUUGCUUAAAGAAAAAACAGAAGAUUAAAAUAAACUUUCUGUUUUCAACCAAAUUAUUGGGUUUUAUGGAUAUAAUUAAAAAAAAUACUUACCUAAUUCAGAAAUCAGUUCUUAUCUUGAACUAGUUACUUAAGAAUUACAUGUUAUACACGCUUUUUGCUUCUGUCUCUGUAUUGCUGAGCCAGUGUCAAUAAGAAAUGCACUUGGAGUUGAUUUCUAUACAAAUGAUGCCAUUGUGUCAUCAAGUAUUAAAUCUUGUACACUUGCUUGUAAGGUAGCAUGCUUUCCUGCAUUAUUCCCUAAAAUCUUCAAAUAAAGAUGGGCUAGGA